GGUAUCUCUGAUUUUCCUGAAGAGAUCUCUAGUCUUUACCAUUCUACUGUUUUCCUCUAUCUCUUUGCAUUUGGAAGGAGUUGCUGCACUCCAAGCCCCACACGUUGGUCGUGGGGACUCAGGCUCCACUCGGCCCCCACAGCUCUUCCAAGGCCUGGUUUUGGGCAUGAAGGUGUUGUCGCAGGUCCGUUGGGUGGAAGUGGCACUGGGUUCUGGAGGCCCUGAGUUGGUGGUGCGGUCACAGGUGGGCGCUGCAAAGCGGGACACGCGCCCGGCUGUGGUCCUGGAGGGGCGUGUGGUGAAAGAAGGCCAGGGGUGGGGUCAUCAUGGGACCUUGGUGGUUUUAUUUUUCUUCAUACUUCCUCAGUUUUCUAAGUUUCCAGCGAGCAUAUGUUCCUUUUAUAAUUGAAAACCAACGAGAAAAUGCAGCAGGCCCCUUUCUGUGCCUCACAGAGGCGCUAAUGGCCACGUUCUUGCAGUUCAUGCGGGAGAUGGCGGGGGCCUGGCAGAUGACGGUGGAGCAGAAGUUCGGCCUGUUUUCUGCGGAGAUAAAGGAAGCAGACCCCCUGGCUGCGUCAGAAGCCAGUCAGCCCAAGCCGUGUGCCCCCGAGGUGACCCCUCACUACAUCUGGAUUGAUUUCCUGGUGCAGCGGUUCGAGAUCGCCAAGUACUGCAGCUCCGACCAGGUGGAGAUCUUCUGCAGCCUCCUGCAGCGCUCCCUGUCGCUUAGCAUCGGGGGCGCUGCGGGCAGCAUGAACCGGCACGUGGCGGCCAUUGGGCCCCGCUUCAGGCUGCUGACCCUUGGCCUGUCCCUGCUGCACGCGGACGUGCUGCCCAACGCCACCAUCCGCAACGUGCUCCGUGAGAAGAUCUACUCCACCGCCUUCGACUACUUCAGCUGCCCCCCAAGGUUCCCGACUCAGGGGGAGAAGCAGCUACGUGAGGACAUCAGUGUGAUGAUCAAGUUCUGGACCGCCAUGUUCUCGGACAAGAAGUACCUGACCGCCAGCCAGCUUGUUCCCCCAGACAACCAGGACACCCGGAGCAACCUGGACAUAGCGGUCGGCUCUCGCCAGCAGGCCACGCAGGGCUGGAUCAACACGUACCCACUGUCCAGUGGCAUGUCCACCAUCUCCAAGAAGUCAGGCAUGUCCAAGAAAACCAACCGGGGCUCGCAGCUGCACAAGUACUACAUGAAGCGCCGGACUCUCCUGCUGUCACUGCUGGCCACCGAGAUCGAGCGCCUCAUCACCUGGUACAACCCGCUGUCAGCCCCGGAGCUGGAGCUGGACCAGGCAGGGGAGAGCAGUGUGGCCAACUGGAGGUCCAAGUACAUCAGCCUGAGCGAGAAGCAGUGGAAGGACAACGUGAACCUUGCCUGGAGCAUCUCACCCCACCUGGCCGUGCAGCUGCCAGCCAGGUUCAAAAACACGGAAGCCAUCGGCAACGAGGUGACACGUCUAGUGCGCUUGGACCCGGGAGCCGUUAGUGACAUCCCAGAAGCCAUCAAGUUCCUGGUCACCUGGCACACCAUCGACGCCGACGCCCCCGAGCUCAGUCAUGUGCUGUGCUGGGCGCCCGCGGACCCGCCCACGGGCCUGUCCUACUUCUCCAGCAUGUACCCGCCGCACCCCCUCACGGCGCAGUACGGGGUCAAGGUCUUGCGGUCCUUUCCGCCGGACGCCAUCCUGUUCUACAUCCCCCAGAUUGUGCAGGCGCUCAGGUAUGACAAGAUGGGCUACGUGCGGGAGUACAUCCUGUGGGCCGCCUCCCAGUCCCAGCUGCUGGCGCACCAGUUUAUCUGGAACAUGAAGACCAACAUCUAUGUGGACGAAGAGGGCCACCAGAAGGACCCCGACAUCGGCGAGCUCCUGGAGCAGCUGGUGGAGGAGAUCACGGGCUCCCUCUCCGGCCCUGCCAAGGACUUCUACCAGCGGGAGUUCGACUUCUUCAACAAGAUCACCAACGUGUCUGCCAUCAUCAAGCCCUACCCCAAAGGUGACGAGAGGAAGAAGGCCUGCCUGUCGGCUCUGUCUGAAGUGAAGGUGCAGCCUGGCUGCUACCUGCCCAGCAACCCCGAGGCCAUCGUGCUGGACAUCGACUACAAGUCUGGGACACCCAUGCAGAGCGCCGCCAAGGCCCCAUAUCUGGCGAAGUUCAAGGUGAAACGUUGCGGGGUUAGUGAGCUUGAGAAGGAAGGCCUGCGGUGCCGCUCAGAUUCCGAGGAGGAAGGCAGCGUGCAGGAGGCCGACGGCCAGAAGAUCUCCUGGCAGGCGGCCAUCUUCAAAGUGGGGGACGACUGCCGGCAGGACAUGCUGGCCCUGCAGAUCAUCGACCUCUUCAAAAACAUCUUCCAGCUAGUCGGCCUGGACCUCUUCGUCUUCCCGUACCGGGUGGUGGCUACCGCCCCCGGGUGCGGCGUCAUCGAGUGCAUCCCCGACUGCACGUCCCGGGACCAGCUGGGCCGCCAGACCGACUUCGGCAUGUACGACUACUCGCCCUGGGCCCGCAGAGUUGGGGGGACUGCCGAGCAGGCCCUGAGCCCAUCUCCCCCGCAGGCGCGCUACAACUUCAUCCGCAGCAUGGCCGCCUACAGCCUCCUGCUGUUCCUGCUGCAGAUCAAGGACCGGCACAACGGCAACAUCAUGCUGGACAAGAAGGGCCACCUCAUCCACAUCGAUUUUGGCUUCAUGUUCGAAAGCUCCCCGGGCGGCAACCUCGGCUGGGAGCCGGACAUCAAGCUGACAGAUGAGAUGGUGAUGAUCAUGGGUGGCAAGAUGGAGGCCACGCCCUUCAAGUGGUUCAUGGAGAUGUGUGUGCGUGGCUACCUGGCCGUGCGGCCCUACAUGGACGCUGUCGUCUCUCUGGUCACCCUCAUGCUGGACACAGGCCUGCCCUGCUUCCGUGGCCAGACAAUCAAGCUCCUCAAGCACAGGUUCAGCCCCAACAUGACGGAGCGAGAGGCUGCGAACUUCAUCCUGAAGGUCAUUCAGAGCUGCUUCCUCAGCAACAGGAGCCGGACCUAUGACAUGAUCCAGUACUAUCAGAAUGACAUCCCCUACUGAGAGCGGGGCGGCCGCAAUCAGUCUCCACGGGCGCGCCGGCUGCUGCUUGAACCAACACACAAAUGGGCCAGAGGUGCCCCUGCCAAGCCGGAGACUCCCUGUCCCGGGCGCCGCCCGCGUGGCCAGAAGGACAUCAGAGCCGGUCUCGGCACGGGCACGGGCUCUUCUUGCACUGGACGCGUUCCCUACCCGUCUUCUCUCAGAGGCACAGGAAGUAUGUUCUUAGGCAUAAAAAUCAGAAAAGCUAUAUUUAACCAACAUGAACAAAAUAAAAGCACACUGCUGCGCUGGACCCUGA